AGAAUGACUGUCGAAUACAACAACGACACCAACGGUGCAGUUCUGAAAAUAUCUCCUGUAGAAGGUGAAGAUGAAGCCACUUACAAAUGUGAAAUCACCUACAUCGUCGUCAGAGAGCACUGUGAUGUCAUUCAAAUACUGAAGCUAAAAACACUGAAAAUACCCGACAACAUAAAAAUUCAUAAACGAGGAGACCCAGCACCUCUUCCGAAUGCUACUGUCAUCGGUCCUAUGGAAGAAGGUGACGAACUUGACUUGAUCUGUGAAGCAACUGGCGGCAAGCCCACCCCAAUGGUGAGAUGGUUUAAUGGUAGCACCGAAAUCAGUCGAGCUAAAUACAGUGUCUCUAAAUCGAAAGAUGACGUCGAAACUGGAAUGUCAACCCUCAAGCUGACCCUCAGAAGGGGUGAUUUACUGGCCAGGUUCGAGUGCAGGGUCGAAAGUGACGCUCUCAAAGAGCCAAUCAUAUCAUGGGUUCAAAUCGAUGUAAACGUUCGACCAAUCGGCAUAAACUUGACAGGCGUCGAAAAUCACGUCGUCCAAGGGACCAACGUAAAGUUGGACUGCAAAGUAUUUAGUGCACGACCAGCAGCAACAGUGCGAUGGGCCAAUGGUUCCAACAGUAUAAGCAUCGAGAACAAAACAGUCAUGGAGUCCCCAAUAAACACGAAAUACGUGGAGGAGAAAGACGGAACAUUUACCACAAUAAGUUCGCUGUCGUUCAAAGCCAGCCAUUGGGAAAAUGGAAAAACCAUUCACUGCUUUGCGGAGAAUGCGGUAAUGAGCAAAAACGUCGAGACUGAGCUGCGAAGUAACCUGAUCCUCGACGUAAGAUAUCCUCCCGUUAUAACUGUUGGUCCAAAAUAUGCAGUUGUUAACGAAUCCACGGAACAGAACACCACGAGCGCAUUUCUUAAUUGUGUCUAUUUUUCAAAUCCUCAGAAACUAACAUCUGCAGCAUGGUUAAAAGACGGGAAACCUCUUCUUUUGAACGACACCAAAAAAUUCAUCGGGGGAACGAUAUCGAAUCCUCCCUUGUAUAUCACGAACGUAACUAGAGAAGACUUGGGGGAGUACACUUGUGCAUUGGGAAACGAAAUUGGAACGGAAACAUCCGAAGAGAGUUUAUCACUAAAUGUUAUAUAUACUCCGGAUGUUGAAGUGGUGAUGGAACCUUUUGCACCAGUUAAAGCAAUCGACAAAAGAACAGUACUGAUUAUGUGCAAUGUAACUUCUGGGAAUCCUUCGAAUUUGCUCAAGGUCCGGUGGUUCCUCGAAGGUGAAUUGAUGAAAGAAUUCCCGGAAUGCAACUAUACGAACAUCGACGAGAACGGCAAUGCCGAAGGGAACGGCGGCCCAUUCUGCGGUCUGGAUCCGAGCAUUUUGAGCCUCGAAAGGGUCGACGAGUCGUUUUCCGGCAACUAUACGUGUCAAGGAAUGAACAAGGGCGGUUGGGGACCGGUGUCCGAGCCACAGGAGUUGGUAGUUUACUAUCCUCCCGGUCCAGCACGCAUACGAUACGCACCAUCCAAAGUCGUCAAGGGAGGUUCAGUAAACCUAACCUGUACCGUUGAGUCAAGUGGCCGACCGGACAACAUAAGUUACAUCUGGCAUAGAGGAUCACAUGUGCUAACGAACGUCACCCAAUCGGUUUAUACCAUCACCUCAGCGAGACUCGAAACGAGGAAUAAUUUUUCUUGCGCUGCCCAGAACGAGGGUGGAAAGGGGGCUCAAGCGAGCGUUUUCGUUAAUGUAUACGCUGCACCGGCGUUUACGAAAAAGCCUCCAACCUACCAAGGCAUUUUGUAUACUUCGAAACAUAUCAACCUCAGCUGCGUCGUGGAAUGUUAUCCUGAGUGCGGAAUUGUUUGGUAUAAAGAUGGUAUCAAAUUGGAUGUUAAGCACAACCAUCUCUACACAGUUGAAACACACUUUUUACCUCCCAAUCAACAAAUGAACGAUUUUGAAUCGAUCAAUUCCACAUUGAUAUGGAACAUGACAGCAUGGCCAGGAGGUAUGUUAAAUAAAACAGCUCCCAACACAAAUUAUACAUGUCAAGCGACGUCAAAUAAAAUUGGAGUUGGUAUUACUUCCACUGCAGAAAUAGCUGUUGACUAUCCUCCCGAGGAGGUCACUACUAGCACCAAGAUGGUUAAUGUAAAAGAAGGAGAAGCUCCAGCGUCGGUAAAAUGCUACGGUAAAGGACGACCUGCGCUCAGUUUCCAGUGGAAGAAAAUGAACAAUUCCGAGGUGAUAUCGACUAACGAUGUUUUAUCGCUCUCGAAAAUGUCUCGAAGUGAUAAAGCUGCUUAUAUGUGUGAGGCAUCCAACAAACAUGGUUUAAAAACUGCGAUGGUGCAUUUCAACGUUCAAUAUGCUCCAGAUUGCAGUAUAACCCAGGUAGACAGAGACGGAACUCCAUCUUUAGUGUGUACAGCACUAGCGAAUCCACAAGAAAUGACCUUCGUAUGGAGAGUGAAAGAAGGCAACGAAACGUUUAACGCAACAAGCAACAUUAUUCAAGAGGGUGUGCAGAGUUACCUUCUGCUCGAUUCCAGCGUGGAGAAUCCUAGAACUUAUUACUGCAUAGCAAAUAAUUCGAUAGGAUUCAGCAACGCUUGUCAUGCAGAAGUGGCAGGAAGCCUGUCCUGGUGGAAAGACCUGAAUCAAGAUAAAUGGAUCAUCAUCAUCGCAUCCAUUAUAGCCAUUGUUAUCUUCAUUAUCAUAAUCUGCGUGAUCAUCAUCAUCCUCUGCCGAAGAAAACGAGCAGAUACCAAGUGUAAGUUGCUUGCUAUGCUUAGUGGUAUGCACAUCCCAUCUAGAAGUAAUAAUAAUUACUAUACCCUUUACUGAAAUAUUACAAUUAAGACAGAGUAAGAAAAUAAUUUACACUAGUUUAAAUAUACACAUUUUUACAUUUU